GAAGAGGCAGAAGUGGAUGUGAGAGAAAGAGACACACAGAGAGACAGACAGCCAAGGAGGGCAAGAGACUUGACUUUAAGAGACUCCUGUACUGACAACUCCAUGCAGUUCGGAACCAGAACGACAACGGCUGAACCAGGGUUCAUGGGGACAUGGCAAAACGCUGAUACUAACCUCCUGUUCAGAAUGUCCCAACAGGUUCCAGUGGCAUGUGCUGGCAGAGUGCUGGGUGCAGACUUCUGCCCAAACCUGGAGGAGCCAGAGCAGAGGCUGGAAGUCCAGGCCAUCCGCUGCACAUUGGUAAACUGCACGUGUGAGUGUUUUCAGCCGGGGAAGAUUAACCUGAGGACUUGCGAUCAGUGUAAACAUGGCUGGGUGGCACAUGCCUUGGAUAAACUCAGCACGCAGCACUUGUACCAUCCCACCCAAGUGGAGAUCGUGCAGUCCAACGUGGUGUUCGACAUCAGCAGUUUGAUGCUCUAUGGGACACAGGCCGUUCCCGUGCGGCUGAAGAUCCUGCUGGACCGUCUCUUCAGCGUCCUGAAGCAGGAGGAGGUGUUGCACAUACUGCAUGGCCUGGGCUGGACUCUUCGGGACUACGUGCGGGGAUACAUCCUUCAGGAUGCUGCCGGCAAGGUGCUGGACCGCUGGGCUAUCAUGUCUCGAGAAGAGGAGAUUAUCACCCUUCAACAGUUUCUGCGGUUUGGAGAAACCAAAUCCAUUGUGGAGCUGAUGGCAAUUCAAGAGAAAGAAGGGCAGGCUGUGGCUGUGCCAUCUUCAAAGACAGACUCAGAUAUAAGGACUUUCAUCGAGAGCAAUAAUCGCACUAGGAGUCCCAGCCUCCUUGCUCAUCUAGAGAAUAGCAACCCUUCCAGCAUUCAUCACUUUGAAAACAUCCCUAACAGCCUGGCUUUUCUGCUUCCAUUCCAGUACAUAAACCCAGUCUCAGCCCCAUUGCUAGGGUUGCCUCCAAACGGCCUUCUGUUAGAACAGCCAGGGCUAAGACUGCGGGAACCAAGCCUUUUAACCCAGAAUGAAUAUAAUGAGAGCAGUGAAUCUGAAGUGUCUCCCACACCUUAUAAGAAUGAUCAGACACCCAAUAGAAAUGCCUUGAGCAGCAUUACUAAUGUGGAGCCCAAAACAGAGCCAGCCUGUGUGUCCCCCAUUCAGAAUUCUGCCCCAGUCAGUGAUCUAACCAAAACGGAACACCCAAAAAGCUCAUUCCGGAUUCACCGAAUGAGAAGGAUGGGGUCAGCCUCUAGGAAAGGAAGAGUGUUCUGCAAUGCAUGUGGCAAGACGUUCUAUGACAAAGGCACUCUUAAAAUACAUUAUAACGCUGUACACCUGAAGAUCAAACAUCGAUGCACCAUCGAAGGUUGCAAUAUGGUCUUCAGUUCCCUGCGAAGCCGCAAUCGCCACAGUGCAAACCCUAACCCCCGCCUUCACAUGCCUAUGCUGAGGAAUAACCGAGACAAAGAUUUAAUUCGCGCCACAUCAGGAGCUGCCACCCCGGUCAUAGCAAGCACAAAAUCAAAUCUCACUCUCACAAGCCCUGGCCGGCCCCCAAUGGGUUUCACCACUCCUCCACUGGAUCCCGUCUUACAGAAUCCUCUCCCUAGCCAGCUGGUAUUUUCUGGGCUAAAGACUGUCCAACCAGUUCCUCCAUUUUAUAGAAGUUUACUCACUCCGGGGGAAAUGGUGAGUCCUCCGACCUCCCUCCCGACCAGUCCCAUCAUUCCAACUAGUGGUCCCAUGGAACAGCACCCACCACCUCCCUCUGAGCCAAUAGUGCCAGCAGUGUUGAUGGCCUCCCAUGAGCCUAGUGUUGACCUGGCACCCAAGAAGAAGCCCAGGAAGUCAAGCAUGCCUGUCAAGAUCGAAAAGGAAAUUAUUGACACCGCUGAUGAGUUUGACGAUGAAGAUGAUGACCCCAAUGAUGGCGGAGCUGUGGUCAGUGACAUGAGCCAUGUUAAUCAUUGCCACUCCCAAGAGGAGCUGAGCCCAGGGAUGUCUGUGAAGGACUUUUCUAAGCAUAACAGGACCCGGUGCAUUUCAAGGACUGAAAUCAGAAGGGCUGACAGUAUGACAUCUGAGGACCAAGAACCUGAGCGGGACUAUGAGAAUGAGUCGGAGUCUUCAGAGCCCAAGUUAGGUGAGGAAUCCAUGGAAGGGGAUGAGCACCUUCACAGUGAAGUGAGUGAUAAAGUCCUGCUGAGCACUGAGAGGCCUGAUGAGAACCACAGUGAGCCUUCUCACCAGGACAUCAUCAAGGUGAAGGAAGAAUUUACAGACCCCACCUAUGACAUGUUUUACAUGAGCCAGUAUGGACUGUACAAUGGUGGGGGAGCCAGCAUGGCUGCCCUGCAUGAAAGUUUUGCAUCGUCUCUCAAUUAUGGCAGCCCCCAAAAGUUCUCCCCAGAAGGUGACCUGUGUUCUAGCCCAGACCCCAAAAUCUGUUAUGUGUGCAAGAAGAGUUUCAAAAGUUCCUACAGUGUGAAGCUUCACUACAGGAAUGUUCACUUGAAAGAGAUGCAUGUGUGCACGGUGGCUGGCUGCAACGCUGCCUUCCCCUCUCGUCGAAGCAGAGACAGACACAGUGCCAACAUAAAUCUACAUCGUAAACUGUUGACCAAAGAACUCGAUGACAUGGGCCUUGAUUCGUCUCAGCCCUCCCUUAGCAAGGACCUCCGGGAUGAAUUUUUGGUGAAAAUCUAUGGUGCCCAGCACCCCAUGGCGCUUGAUGUCCGGGAGGAGGCCUCCUCCCCGGCAGGGACUGAAGACUCCCACCUGAAUGGGUACGGGCGGGGCAUGGCAGAGGACUACAUGGUCCUGGAUCUAAGCACCACCUCCAGCCUUCAGUCCAGCAGCAGCAUGCAUUCCUCCCGAGAGUCCGACGCGGGCAGCGACGAGGGCAUCCUUCUCGACGACACAGAUGGCGCGAGUGACAGUGGAGAAUCGGCACACAAGGCCGAGGCCCUGGCCCUCCCCGGCAGCCUAGGGGCUGACGUGUCAGGAUCGCUCAUGUUCAACAGCUUGUCCGGGAGCAAUGGUGGGAUCAUGUGCAACAUUUGCCACAAAAUGUACAGCAACAAGGGGACCCUGAGGGUGCACUAUAAAACAGUGCAUUUGCGGGAGAUGCACAAAUGCAAAGUCCCUGGUUGCAAUAUGAUGUUUUCCUCUGUGCGCAGCCGAAACCGGCAUAGUCAGAACCCUAAUCUUCACAAAAACAUACCCUUCACUGCGGUAGAUUAGUCUCAGAUGGGCACGACGAAUGCCAGCUCUCACCAGACGGCCUACUCAUCCGAACUGCCAUUGUCAGUGUGUUUGUGUACUCGUGUGCAUGUGUGUGUGUGUGUACACAUGUAUGCCUCUGUGUGUACAGAUACACACAAACAUUUCUUUAGAUAAAAAAAAAGAAACUAGGUGCUUUUGGAUUUUUUUUUUUUUUUUUUCUUAUAGUUUUGGGAAAGGGAUGGGACCUUUAAUCUGGGGAUGGAAACAGAGAACCCCUGUGACCACACACACACACACACGCGCGUGGAACAUAGCCCCAGUUUUGAUAGAAUACUUACUGGUCACUUCCAAAGAGACAGUUUGUAGUACCUAUGACUGCUGCCUGCAAAAAUAAAA